AUGGAUGACGAAAUGAUUGAGGUUUUGACUACUAGCGUAGAGGACUAUUGGAAGAACAACGUUUUGUACAGUCCUGUCACCGGCCUCGAGAGUUGUGAUCAACACUACAGAACCAAGUUUCCCUUCUCAAAUCCUGAGAAGAAUCCAAAUAGAGAACGCCUCACAGGAAAUAAUCGAUCUUUUACAACCGCUACAAUGCUCAUCAAGGUCCGAACUCUAACUGGCAAGGAAAUCGAGCUUGAUGUUGAAUCUGACAACAAGAUCGAGAGAGUCAAGGAAAAGGUCGAAGAGAAAGAAGGUAUUCCACCCGUUCAACAACGUUUAAUCUAUGGUGGUAAACAAAUGGCAGACGACAAGCUAGUAAAAGAUUAUGAACUCGAACCAGGAGCUACAUUGCAUUUAGUACUAGCACUUCGCGGAGGUUCCCUUUAA